GACGACGGGGCGCAAUUUAAAAAGGCGCCGCGGCCACCGGCGAACUCAUUCAUAUCAAAACAAAACAGCGGAGUGAGAAGCCUGGUUCAAGUAUCGAGUGAACAACCCAGUGGCGUCUGGCGAACACCAUCAGGUUUACAGGUGAUAUGGCCAACAUAAUCUUUGCGGAGAGGGAGAAUGCAGGUCUGCAUGCAGCUACACUGAAAAUGCGACCGCGGCUUCAGUCUGCUCCAGACAACAUAUUGAAAACGUCCUUAACUGGCAAAAAGUGCCACACUCCUCUGCCAUCUGGUCGUAAGGCUUUAGUGGCAGUUAACAAGAUUGCCUCGACUCCUGCCGUACAUGAACAAAAGAAACACCAGAAGACACAGGAGGCCAAAGAGAAGUGUGUUCCCCAGACCAAAGUGGAGGAAUACCCAGACAUUGAGAAGUUCAUCCCUUAUGACCCACUAGAAUUUGAAAAGUAUAGCAUAAGUGAAGAUUUGGUUCAUCUGGGUGGCCUUUCACUGCCUGGACUCGCCCGUUUCCCACAAACAACUCUGUAUGAGGACAACUUGGAAACAUUCGAGGCAUUCACACCCCCAUCCCCUUUAAAGAUGCCACAACGUCGAGACACCUGUAAGGCAGAGCUGGACGCCUUCCUUCAAACGCUCGAUGAACUGACCAUCGACCUCCCUCCAGAAUCUGACUGCUUGUGAUUUUUGCCCUGUAUAUUGUGACGUCUUUUUAUUGAAAUAAAGUUUGCUUUUAAUUAGU